UGUAGGUUAUGUUACUUAUAUUGUGUUGAUGAUAUAUUAUUUGUUUAUUUUCUUAUGGAGUUAUUUCACGGGAAAACUAAAGUUGGUUGUGGAAAACAUGAAUCCUAAAUAAAAAACGGAAUUGAGUUUUCCUAAACAACUGAAUUUAUCUACAAACCUUUUUUUUUUAUUACUUGUUUCGGCAUGAGUCGUCCGUGAGCUGACACAAUGGCGGCGCUUGAGGUGCCACAAACGACUGUCGAUACUGAGUUGGAGGAAAUCAUAAAACUCACUUGGGGUCAGCAAGUCCGGCAGGACAUAUUCCAGAGAUGGACACAGGGGUUUAGCUUCAGUGAUGACGAGCCCACCGCUUUGGUGCAGUACGAAGGAGGUCCCUGUGCCGUCCUAGCACCAAUGCAAGCUUACAUAGUCAAAAAUAUCGUCAAAAACAAGUCUGUGAAUGACAAUUGGAAAACGGUGGAAAAUGACGAACAAAACCUUCUUCUGACUAAAGCUGCCUGUGAUAUUCUAUGCCAAGCAACGGCUGGACGUGACCAAUUGAAAUUUGUACAUAUCGACACUAAGGAAGCAUGCCUUGAACAUAGCCGAUUCCAUUCUAUGCUUAAGGUAGAAAGAGUCAACAAAGAUUGUAUCGAAGCGUUUUUCAAUGAACGGAUUAGUUUCAUGCGUGACACAUUCGGUAUUUUAUUGUUCUUGUAUACAGUUAUGCAUUCUAAGGGUUUAGUGAAAUUAAAAGACGAAAUUAGCGAUCUUGAAGUGCCAUUGAUUGAUAAAGAAUUUGGUUACGGUAGUCAGAGCUUGAUCAAUAUGAUGAUAACGGGACAAGCAGUUUCUAAUGUUUUCAACAAUGUUCAAGUCGUAGCUGGAAUGAAGUUACAAGGUAUAGAAAAACAAAGUGAAAUUGGGUUCAUGUCGUUAUUGGAACACUUAAGGUACUGUCAAGUUGGAACGUACCUAAAAAAUCCGUGCAAUCCCAUUUGGGUAUUGGGUAGUGAUACACAUCUUACCGUGUUAUUUUCAUUUGAUCAAAACUUGGUGAGCAAAGAAACUCAAGCCGAUAUCGCGCGGAGAACAUUCAAGUUGUUUGAUCAGGACGGAAAUAAUUUUAUAAGCACACAGUGUUUGAAACCUUUGUUAGAAAAACUUGACCUAGUGUCUGACGACGAAUAUGUAAAUUUGAUGUCAACAAAGCUCGAUUCCGAGGGAUUGGGUAUUAUUUUGAUGCCGUCAUUUAUGGACGAGUUUUUUUCUGAUCAAGAAAACAAAACUCCCGACAUCUUUAUGGUGUUUCAUUAUAACGGACAGCCUAGAUCUAACCCAAAUUCAAAGGUUACCUAUAUCGAAGGAAAUGCAGUGAUUCAAGAAUCUGAUGUUAUUUGCAUAGUAGAAGACAACAUUUUGCAAUCGUGUUUGCAAACAAAAUGGCCGUCCAUUGAAAUACAAUGGAAAGGCGGAGUUACGCCUUCAAUUAAUUAACCGUCAACUAAUAAUUUCACUUGUAAUAUUAUAUAUAUAUAUAUAUAUAUUUACAUUUAUAAACACUUAUAACAGUUUGUAUAAAGUAUUACAGGGUUCAUCGAGAAAAUGUCAUUGAUUUCCAUAGGUGUACCCUUUUUUUUGCACGAUCUAGUUAAUCAUUGCUAAAUGAUUUAUUAUCUUACAUAAUAUUUGUCUGCUCAUAGUAAACCUAAAAAGUAUAUUUUUCAUUUAUCAAGACAAAUUUAUUUUCGAUUCCUAGGCGAUAUAUAUAUAUAUUUUUAAUAUUAAUGUAUUAAUUUUAUUAUUUUGUUAAACUAAUAA